UCAAAAAAAUUUUGGAUCGUUAAACCCUGCGAGAAAUCCAGUUCCCAUUUUCAGGAUUUUAAGGAGGGUUUUGAGAAUCAGAUUCAGAGAAGCAGAGAGAGAGAGAGCGGCGGCAUAAAUUAAUGUGCUUCUCUUCUGUCUGAAACGGCGUCGCACAUGGGAGGUAUGGAUGAAGAAAUGGUAGAUGAGAUUGCAGAGCCGUUUGUGGCGGUGGAAAUCGAUCUCGAUUACGAGUUCGACGCUGUGCGCUACUUUGAUUUCAGUCGUGACGAGUCGCCGGCGGAGGCGCGUCAGGCCGAGCUUUGGUUUGAGUCCGCAAAGAGUUAUCCUCCUUCUCCUUUUGUAGCAAAGUUGGUUUUGAGGGAGGAUAUCCUCUUGGGAAAUGUUAACACCUCUCCAAAAUCAAAAGACAUGGAGAUCGCGGUGGUACCUGACAGUGACUCUGCUGUUGCCCUGGGCCAAGAGAUUUUUACAACGGAUGCAAAUAACAGAGACUGUGGUGGAACGAUCACCAAUUUACAGAGUGGCUACCUACAAAAUGUCCAUAGUCAAGCACAAGAAUCAAUCUCAGGAUUGAUAUUUUACAAUCACAUGUUGAAUGAUAAUCCAAAAGCUAAAACUAAGUCUACUGUCAAGUCCGUUCUGCCAAGAAGCUCAACUUUGAUGAAACCGACAGCAAGUCAGCUGGCGAAGCAGAACCGACCCCAUCAAGUUGGUAGUUUCAGAUUCCAGACGCUAUUGGCUCAAAAUAAUGAGAGAGGCUGCAUUAAUUCUUCUGGGGUUGAAAGUCAAGCUGCCAAGAGGCAGAAACUAGAGGGAGGCCACUUGUUUAAGGUAGCUGAUACAAAGGAACAAACAAAUUUGGUUCAUAAGGUGCCUAAGAAGGAUGCCACCAUUGAUGGAAACUCCAUGCAGGCUCGGCUGAAGCUUACUAUUCCAAGAGAGCCAAAUCUUGAGACAGCAUACAGGACACAAAGAAUGAGGUCUAAGCAUCAUACAGAAGUAGACCAAGUGGCAUUGAAUGUGCAUAGAUUCAAAGCACGCCCAUUAAACAGAAAAAUUCUUGAGGCUCCUUCAUUACCACUACCAAAAAAGAGCACUCCACGCUUGCCAGAGUUUCAAGAAUUUCACCUGAAGACUUCGGAGAGGGCUAGGCAACACACAACUGGUUCAUCUUCCUCACUUCAUUGCAAUGACCCUGAUAAGGGCUUGCAGAAACCUAGUACUAACUCUGUUCCAGAAAAUGGGAACAAAGAUUUGAGAAGACCAAACACCACAGAUGCUCCAAAGCAGGAUGCAUGUGAAACAGUGCGCACCUUUAAAGCUCGUCCUCUUAAUAAGAAGAUAUUUUCAAGCAAAGGAGAUAUUGGUGUUUUCCGUAAUAGCAAGCGGGAAACUACUGUGCCAUUGGAAUUUAAUUUCCAGACAGAGAAGAGGGCUCAGCAUAAUCCACCAAUAGAACUUUUCAAUAAGCUUUCCCUGACAUCUGAACUUCAACAGAAAAAUGAUUCUCAGUUCAAAGUGCCUCAACCUACCUGUGUAUCUACAAAGGGCUCAAAAGAGAAUAGAUUGGGUUUUUCCCAACCGGAAAAUGAGAUAGCAUAUCUGGUGAAAGACAAACUGCCCCAGUCCAGGGGAGUUCAGAUUCAAUGUGGAAGCAAUGGAGGCAUCAACGAAAUCAAUACUAAAUCUGGGAUAAGCAGGAGUUUGGGCAUCCGCUGACUGUAAAAAGAGAGCUAAUCGUCUAAAAUGGUGGUCUGCUUUAGUCAUCAGAGUUUAGAUUUUUUCUGAUAGCUGGAAGACUGAUGAAUAAAUACUCUUAUUAUUGAUGGUGGCAUGAUAAUUCAGAAAUGCCAAGCUUCUGUAUACAAGAUCCAUUGAAGCCUACAUCUUACCUUAAAAAUCUUUCCUUUUUAUUUUUUCUCGAUGGUUGGGGUCUUGAGGGUUUGGUGGGCGGGUGGAAGACUGAUCUUCUGACAGGAGUUAGACUGACUUGUUUCAUGUUUCUCAAGAUUUGUGAGUCUCAGUUAAUUCCCCAAUAAAAAUGUGAGUGCCAGUGUUGUACAGCCUCGAGGCCUCUUCCCUUCAAAACCAUCUUCCCACCAUCUUGUAGCAUCAACAACACAUGUAAUGGUUACAUCUAAGAAAUGUAUACAAAAACAUUUACAUUUCCAUGAAGCUCUCUCCCUUGGUGACAUUUCAAUUGAAAUUUCUAUGCAUUAUUUCCUG